CUUUUACGUGCAAUUUUCUACCUUAAUUUGUUAUAAUUUGAAUUGUUAAAUAUUAAGAAUUAUGCAAUUUUAGUGAAAUUUAAUGAAUCCAUAAAUGGUUUCUUCAGAAAUCUUAAUGAUAAAAGAAAAAUGUGUAAUUUGAAAUAUAAACUAAAUGAUUAAUGAAUAAACAACAAAAAUCUCCCCGAAAAAAUCGUAGACGUAAAGAAAAACAAAAAAAAAGAAAUUCCAAUGCGCAGAAGCACAAGCCAACAAUCAGUUAUUGUAAAUUGUUAUGGUGGAGCAGUGUAAAAGGUGGGUGAGGUACUGCUUUAUGUUGUGUGUAAGGUGGUGAGCUUGUGUGUUGAAGUCGUUUUCUAAAAACUAGUGGAUCACCACAUAAACAAACUAAAACACUUGUAAGGCUUUUGCUUGCUGGAGCUCUGGGAAAAUUGUUGAUACAUACAUUACACAGUGAAGAGGAAAAUGUACUUUAAGUAACAAUUAUAAAAAACAAAAACACAAAUUCUAAUUAGAAAAACCGUUGUCUAAGCAUAAAUUACUUGCAACGUAUAGAAAAAGCAGAGAAAAAAAAAUACAAGUGUUAUUACAAUACAAAUAAACGGUGAAAAUAAUAAUGAACUUUAUUGCAUUCGAGUGAUUCCAAAGUCAACAAUAACUACAACAAUAUGUUAACUUUACUAAGUGAAUGUCAUUUUUGGACAACCCGCGAAGAUGUGCGCAUUAAACAUACAGACUUUGGAGCCUUUCGCUAUACACGCAAUCGUGAGUUGCAACACAUGCCUGUGGAUUAUUGUGCGGAGGCUAAACGUGACUAUACAGAGCGACGCAAUGGUUUGACUGUUUUAAAGAAUUCCCGUAAAUCUCGCAUGGGCAGACUAAAAGAUAACCUUAAGCGUUUAGAGGAGCUCAUGCGUACUUCAAAAGUUGUCCACAUACAUUGGACGGAUGGUUCACAAGUUCUGCUGCUUUUUGCCAACGGUAUUAUUGCUCAUAUUUGCAUCGAUAUGUUCACCGGGGAUAUUUCACGCAUGGUGUACGAAAAAUAUUUAGUGGGCAAAUUGGCUGCUGACACUAUAACAGAUGCUUUUUUUACACGUUCUCACAUUGUUUUGGCCUACAACACAAAUCAAGUGACUGUUGUGCAUCUGCAGAAACCCAAUUCCCGGUCACAAGGUCCUGAGAAAAUUUCCCACAUGGAGCCGAAAAUAUUCCAUGCCAUCAUACCGGGAGCAGCUGAAAGGAAGAUAGCACGUCGUCUAAGUGUUAAUACCACAUUUGAUAUGUUUGUUAUAUGGACAAAAUCAUCACAAAAUGAAGUAUUUCCUUGGCGGCCAACAAUGAGAGAUCAAGAUCGUGCCAAUAUUCAUGUAUUUAAACUGAAAGGCAACCAAUUGGAUUUUUUCGCUUAUUGUUGGUCGGAAAAUGAUCCAUUACAUGUGGACUUUUUGCGAUCCACCGAAAACCAAAUUUUAACUUUGGAACAGAAAAUUUCUCGCAAGGGUGAAAUUACGGCUGAAGUUUGUUCUUAUGAAAUAGCUGUGGGCAAAAUGCAAAGGAGUCCAUUAUCCUCCAUACCUAUGGGAACUCAGAUAACUACAUAUGCCUUUAGUCCCGAUCAAGAGAAAUUAUUUUUAGGUACUGUGGACCGUAAUAUAUGCCUGCAUGAUUUAGUUAUGCAGACAACGAAAUGUGUGGCACAGAUUGAUAUUAUUCCUACCCAAUGCUCCUGGCACAGUGACUCCAGCAUGAUUACCAUCGCAAAUACAAGAUCACAAUUUGAAUGUUUCGAUCUAGCCUUAACACCCAUUAGCAACCAACUGCAAAGUGAAGAUGUGACACCAACAAACCUUUUGGACUUAUCACACUACUUUGCCGCACAACCAACUCUUCUGCAAAUUUCCUUUAGUCGUAAACCCGAAAUCGGUCACAGUUCUAAUAACUAUGCCGGUACAGACUGUUUUCUAUUACUACUUUACGACCAAGGGCCAAUAGGAUGUUUACGUUUCUUUGCUGGUGCAGGAAUGCGUGGCGAUAUACAUAAUUCUGGUCUAACAGCUGAUGUGAUACUGGACAAAUAUUUAGCGCUCAAUCAAUUGGAAAAGGCUGUAAAUCUGUUGAACGCUUUGAAUUGGGAAACCUAUGGAGCAAUGUGUCUUAUAUCACUACACAAAAUAGCAAAUCAUGUAUUUUACAAGGGUGAUCAACGACGAACACGCAUUGAUUUGAUGGCAAGAGCUUUGAAAACAUUUACCGAUUCUCUAACCGAAGAAACAAAAGAUGAAUUUAGUGAUCAAGUUUUUGAUUUAAAACGACGAUUUUUCUUCUUCCUAUUAAGGCGCAAUCUAUUUGCUGAAGCUUUUGAAGUGGCUCAAGACAUUGAAGAUUAUGAUUUAUUUAUGGAUCUCUUUAAUAUUACAAAAUUUGAUCCGAAUCUUAUGGAAUUUUCCACAGCCUGUUUCAGUCAAGCAGCUGCCAUACUGCAUGAAGAAGACCGAGCCAAUGGAAACCUUAGUACAGCAAGUGAAUUCAGAUCUGAGUCGGCCUGCUCACAGUCGACCAUAUCAGAUAACACUGCCCGAAGUAGAUUACAGCAACAACAACAGCAGCAUCAAAAAUUUCUGAAAAACUAUGUGCCACCUUUGCCAUCAUUUAAAUCGAAAGUCUUUAAUGCUGAAAUGAUUAAAAUCAACAUACCUAAACCAGAGUUACGCAUAGAUAAUUCUAUACAACAAGAAAGAAGUAGACCUCCACCGCCACCAGUGCCGGAUAAAAAACAAAUUAAACUGAAUCCCACUACAAUAUCAGCCUCAACAUCAAUUGCCUUAAGUAGUAACUUGGCAAAUUUAUCCUUAAAAAGUGCGGCAGUAACACAGCACCAUCAUAAUUCAAAUGGUUUUAAUAACAAUCCUCAAUGGGGCGACCUAAAUGUGUCUCUUAAAAAUCCUCCAUUGAAAUCGGCUUUUGUUCCUCACUUUAACACAAAUAAUUUUGCAACAAAAACCAAUUCUGCCUCGACAUCCAUGCAUUCGACGAAUAACAAUGUCUUACAGCCCUCAGCGUCGACGUCAUCUGCAUCAUAUUCUUAUCUUGCCUCACCGAUUAUCAUAAGUGAUUCUCAUGCGAGUAUAGCAACGCAACGUACAUACCAACAGCCACCAGCCCCAAUAGUACCUAAUAACGCCUAUCAACCAAAAUUUUUCCAACAUCCCCUUGUAUCCGGCAAUAUUCCGUCAUCGGGCACAACCUCCUUAGCUCCAUACAGUAUAUCUAAUGAAGAAUAUCAAAAGGUAUUGCUGAGCAAAAAACCAACGGCUUCAAUACUCUCGAAUGGCUCGGCAACACAAAAUGGUAGCAAUACUUCUGUCCUGAGUGGCAAUAGUGGACAGAAUGGCAAUAUAAAAGAUGGUAGUAAACAUUCCAGCGGAGAGAAGAAUAAAGUCAAGUUUUCGGAUACAGUACAGGUGGCUGUUGUGCCGGAAAUACCCCGCAAAGACAAACUCCUUAUUAAACGUAAUGGUUAUGCUAGACCUCCUCCAAGAAAUUUUACUAACCCCAAAAAGGAAUUACAAGAUAGCUUACCACUUUGUCACCCAAACGAUGAUUAUUUAAAGGAUUUUAAUCCCUUACCAUCAGCAGAACCACCACAAAGAAUCGCAAAUAGAAUUAACAUUAAAGAAGAACACCAUCAAAUAAUUAACAAAACUAACACAACAACCACCACCAUCACCAAUUCCUCAACUCCCAACACAACAACUACUCCAUCCAUAAAAGUAGUACACUUUGGUGUAGUCUAAUCCACUACAACUACUAAUUUCACCUAUAACCUAGUCCCUCCAAUAUUGUUUUCCAAUUGUCUUCCAAUUUUAGUGUAAGUAUUCACAACACACAAAAACAAAAAGUAAUUCCUUAUUAUUCUUAAAACACCAUAAAAUAAAUUUAGUUAAAUCAUAAUAAUAAUAAUACACAACAUAUACAACUUAGUUUUAGCUACACAUUUGUAUGUUAAAUUAUUUGUAUACACAUGUUUUAAAGUGAUUUUGUUAAUAUGGAAAUCCUAGCAAUAUUUAGAUAGUACAAGAGAGUUUUAUUUAUAAUUUAUUAAAUUUAUUAUUCGUUUUUUAUUUUUUUACAAUUUGUAUGGUUACUUAAAACAAAAAUAAAUCAACAUUUAAAUAAAA